GGGACUCUCCACACCACACCCAUGGCCUGCUACGACAUCUGCCGUCCCUGCGGACCCACCCCGCUGGCCAACAGCUGCAACGAGCCCUGCGCCCUGCAAUGCCAGAACUCCCGCGUCAUCAUCGACCCUUCCCCUGUGCUGGUCACCCUUCCAGGACCCAUCAUGACCUCCUUCCCCCAGAACACCGCUGUUGGAUCCACCUCCUCGGCUGCCGUUGGCACUGAACUCAAUGCCCAGGGACAGCCCAUCUCUGGUGGAUUUGGCUUCGGCCUUGGCUACGGGCUGGGCUAUGGCUAUGGGCUGGGAGGCCUGGGCUGCUACAGCAGAAGGGGUGGCUACAACUGCUAA